GCUACAGAGGUCCGACCAGGCUAAGGGCCUGGGGAUGCCCCCUGCCUGGCCCCCUUGCCCUGACUGGCAGGGGGGCCGGGCCGGGUAGCAGCACCCGUCUCACCCCAGCCAUGGAUCUCCUUCCCCCCAAGCCCAAGUACAACCCACUUCGGAAUGAGUCUUUGUCAUCGCUGGAGGAGGGGGCUUCAGGGUCCACCCCCCCGGAGGAGCUGCCUUCCCCAUCAGCCUCAUCCCUGGGGCCCAUCCUGCCACCUCUGCCUGGGGACGACAGUCCCACUACCCUGUGCUCCUUCUUCCCCCGGAUGAGCAACCUGAAGCUCGCCAACCCAGCUGGGGGGCGCCCGGGGCUGAGGGGGGAGCCAGGAAGGACAGCCGAGGAUGGGGAGGGGAUCGCAGGGGCAGCCGUGCUGGACUCAGGCCCCCUGCACCUCCUCCAGGACAUGAACAAGCUGAGUGGAGGCGGCGGGCGCAGGACUCGGGUGGAAGGGGGCCAGCUGGGGGGCGAGGAGUGGACCCGCCACGGGAGCUUUGUCAAUAAGCCCACGCGGGGCUGGCUGCAUCCCAACGAGAAAGUCAUGGGACCCGGGGUUUCCUACUUGGUGCGGUACAUGGGCUGUGUGGAGGUCCUGCAGUCCAUGCGUGCCCUGGACUUCAACACCCGGACUCAGGUCACCAGGGAGGCCAUCAGUCUGGUGUGUGAGGCUGUGCCAGGUGCUAAGGGGGCACCAAGGAGGAGAAAGCCCUGUAGCCGCCCGCUCAGCUCCAUCCUGGGGAGGAGUAACCUGAAAUUUGCUGGAAUGCCAAUCACUCUCACAGUCUCCACCAGCAGCCUCAACCUCAUGGCAGCUGACUGCAAACAGAUCAUCGCCAACCAUCAUAUGCAGUCCAUCUCGUUUGCGUCCGGCGGGGACCCGGACACAGCUGAAUAUGUCGCCUACGUUGCCAAAGACCCCGUGAAUCAGAGAGCCUGCCACAUCUUGGAGUGUCCUGAAGGGCUUGCCCAGGAUGUCAUCAGCACCAUUGGCCAGGCCUUUGAGUUGCGCUUCAAACAGUACCUCAGGAACCCACCCAAGCUAGUCACUCCCCACGACCGGAUGGCUGGCUUUGAUGGCUCGGCUUGGGACGAGGAGGAGGAAGAACCGCCUGACCAUCAGUACUAUAAUGACUUCCCCGGGAAGGAACCCCCUCUUGGCGGGGUGGUGGACAUGAGGCUUCGGGAAGGAGCCACCCCAGGGGCUGCUCGACCCACUCCGCCCGGUGCCCAGACCCCCAGCCACCUGGGGGCUACGUUGCCUGUGGGGCAGCCUGCGGUGGGAGACCCAGAAGUCCGCAAACAGAUGCCACCUCCACCACCUUGCCCAGCAGCCCGGGAGCUCUUUGAUGAUCCCUCCUACGUCAAUGUCCAGAACCUAGACAAGGUCCGGCAAGCAGGGGGUGGGGGUGGGCCCCCCAAUCCUGCCAUCAAUGGCAGUGCACCCCGGGACCUCUUUGACAUGAAGCCCUUUGAAGACGCCCUUCGGGUGCCUCCGCCUCCCCAGUUGGUGUCUAUGGCUGAGCAGCUCCGAGAGGAGCCCUGGUUCCACGGGAAGCUGAGCCGGCGGGAGGCUGAGGCGCUGCUGCAGCUCAACGGGGACUUCCUGGUGCGGGAGAGCACAACCACGCCCGGCCAGUAUGUGCUCACCGGCCUGCAGAGCGGUCAGCCCAAGCACCUGCUCCUGGUGGACCCUGAGGGGGUGGUUCGGACCAAGGAUCACCGCUUUGAGAGUGUGAGCCAUCUCAUCAGCUACCACAUGGACAAUCACUUGCCCAUCAUCUCUGCGGGCAGCGAACUGUGUCUCCAGCAGCCUGUGGAGCGGAAACUGUGAUCCAUCCAAAUGCCGUCUCCCAGAAGAUGCCCUCCAGCCUUUCCACCCUAUUCUCUGACUCUCAGGACCUCUCGUUCUGUGGGCUUGGUCUUGUGUAGGAGCUGGUGGUCGUGUGGACGCUGGGCUCAUCAUCUGGCUGAGAGGCUUUGAGUCAGGAGACGGGGGUAGAAUCCUGCUUCUCCCCAAACCUCACCAAAGUAUUAAUGUACAGAGUGGCCCCCUUCCCUGGGCCUUGCCUGUGCCAACCUGAUACUCCCUUCCCUGAGAAGGUGGGUACUUGAGGCCUGGGGAGUGCCUCCGAGUAAUGGACAAUGUCCUGUGGUGAUUAAACCCAGUGGAGCUGUCACCCUUCCAGGGAAGGGGGGAUGAAUCACACCUUCGGUCUACCCCUGGGCUCAGGGUACCCCCAAAUCCCUCUCAGCCCUCCCUCCCCCCAGUGUUUAAACUUUGUGCCUUUGACCAUCUCCUAGGUCUGAAGAUAUUUUAUGCAAAGAGUUCUUCUCAAGCCCUUGAGGUUGAAGACAAGGGUCCUGACACCUUCUUGGCUGCUGGGACCCUGUCCUCUUCCUUGCUUAUCACCCCCUCCAGUUUGGGCUGGGAGAACAGGCCGGAGGGGCAGCUGUCCCGUCUCUCAGGGGAUAUGCAACCCUUAUAGAGGCUGCUCCAGCGCCCCUCUCCCGGCCAGGGGGGAGAUGGACCCCUCCCUUGCUCAGUGCCUCCUGGGGCCGGGGGACCCCUCACAGAAGGGGGCUGUAUAUACAUUUCACAAGCCCCACCCCCUCCCAUGUUGCACGUGUGUUAGACUCUACAGCCAAAGUGUAGCCCUUCCUCCAGCAGCCUCUGCCCUGCCUCCCCCUGCUGGGGGCGGGAAGAGGAGGGGGAGACGGCAUUGGGGCCUCCCGUACAGUUAACUCUCCCAGGUGGAUUCCGCAGAGGAGGAAAACGGGCACUGAGACUCUAAAGCAGUAGACAAUCCCCAAAUAUCUCUAGAUUUGGAACUGCUUUUAUUGUUUAUUUUAUAUGCAUAUGUUUUAGGGCUGUAGAUUUACUUUCUUAAUUUUGUUUUACGUGGUUUAUUCUUGAGCACAAAAUGAUUAUAAUCGAUUACGUUUAUAUAAUCACCUCUUUGACUUUUCAAAGCCCUUUUAGAACUAUUGAAUGUUCCUCAUCCUAGCCCGUGAGGUAAUUGGGAUCGGCAGCAUUAUCUCUUUACAGGAGACCUAAGGCAGAGAAAAGUGGAUUUAAGAUCUAGGACUAGAGAAACUUGGGCCUUUUACCGCCGAGGCUGGGCGGCAGAAGUUUGGCUGAAUAAGUAUUAACAGUUUCACGAAGGGGCACAUGAAAACCUGCAGUUAUUUAUCGCGAACCUUCUACAUGCCCGACCCUGCUCUAGGCCCCGGUGGCCACAGAGGAGCCGGCCCUGCGGCUCUGUAGGCCUUGCGGAUAAGGGAGAGUUGACUGUGGGGCGCUUCGCCUCCUUGGUUGGAUGUGUUCACGGGUCUCACCUUAUACCAAAGGGAAAUAAUCUUCAUUAAAGUCCGUAUUUCUUCUA